GGCGCUUCCGGCGCCUCCGCAGGGGGCGAUGCUGCAGCGCGGCUGCGGGCUGAAACAGCUCCGGGGAGGACCCGGCGCUCGGGCCUCCGCUCGGCUCCUUUCUGGCCCCGAGAUGCCUAAACAAGUUGGUGCGACGAAGAAGGGUAAAAGCCAGAGCAGAGAACCGGAGAGACCACUUCCUGCCUUAGGUCCUGUGACAGUUGAUCCUAAAGGCUGUGUCGUCAUAGCCAUCCAUGCCAAACCUGGCUCCAAACAAAAUGCUGUAACAGAUUUGACAACUGAAGCCGUAAAUGUAGCUAUUGCAGCACCUCCGUUAGAGGGAGAGGCUAAUGCUGAGCUCUGUCGCUACCUUUCCAAGGUCUUAGAACUCAAAAAGAGUGAUGUGGUUUUGGAUAAGCUCUGCUAUUCCAUUCCUCAACAAUUGGAGGAAGGCACUCAGGAGGGCGUUUCAGGUAUUCCUGGUACUCUUUGUCAUCUUCUGUGAAUCUAUUGGCAAACAUCUCUUCAAAAUUUCGAACAGCUUCAGAAGUGUCAGUCAUUCUGAAAUUCUGUACAGUUUUUAAGAAAUUUCUAUAAGAAAUUU